CUGAUAGCUACUACUCACCAUGUACAAAGCCAAAAUCUUGCAAAAAAAUAAAUCGGUGGCAGAAACCCAUAAGAAUAAAGUCAAAAACGAGUCCUUCCGUAAGUAACACAUGAGCGCGCUGCCACAAAUAGGUUAUAGUGGUGAUCCUCAAUUCAUCAUCGAGUGCAAGGAUUGCAAAACACGGGGACGUUUCAACAAGGCAUACCAUGAAUGCAAGUUUUACAAAGCAGUUUCUGCGCGUGAUGUUGGAAGUAGCGGCAAGAAACGUAAGCAAUCAGUUACAAUCAAGGAAGAAAAGAAGCAAGCAAAGAGAAAGAAGAAGCAAACAACUGGAGAUAUCAAGUGCAUCA